AUGAUGCUAAAUUAAAGAUAAAACACAUUUACAUUAACUUAAAAUAUUAUCCUUAGUAUAAUCUAUGAUUAAAUAAUUAAAUAUUUAAGAUUUAAUUAUUAAUUACAACAGCUAUUCUGCUUUGAAUUAGAAAUACAAAAACUGGGGUUUCGUACAUUAAAUAAACUUUGGAAUCGGAAUAAAUCCUUUUUAAUUAUGAGAUUGAAAAUUAGCUAAUAAGAUGUCAUUUAUAGUCAAUUAUUUUACUGUUGUUGUUAAUGA